AUGGAAUCUGAAGUAGUGAUAAAUAAUGCUUAUUCUUCAGGGUCUGAAAGUGAAAUUUACAGGGAUAUUCAUGAACCAGGGCUCAUAGUCGCAAGCUGCUUUGCGGUUGUGGCAUUCUCACUUUCCAUCUUUCUCAUAUUUCAACAUCUCAGAUCAUAUACUAAUCCUGCCGAACAAAAAUGGAUUGUUGCUGUUCUUUUUAUAGUACCCACUUAUGCCACUGAAUCAAUUAUAUCCUUGUGGAAUCCAAAGUUGUCUCUUGCGUGUGACAUUUUAAGAAAUUGCUAUGAAGCAUUUGCCUUGUAUUCUUUUGGAAGCUAUUUGGUUGCUUGUCUUGGAGGAGAAACAAGUGUCAUAGAAGUACUUGAAAACGAAUCAAGAAAACUACUCAGUAAACCACUGAUAGAAGAGGCAAGUGAAAAUCCCAUUAAUAAGAAAGAUAGGUCACUUUGGAACUUCUUCACACGACCAUGUAUUCUUGGAAAGGAUUUGCUGACAAUAGAAAAAUUUGGCCUUGUACAAUAUAUGAUUCUGAAAACCGUUUGUGCCUUCUUAGCAUUAUUGUUGGAGCUCUUAGGUGUUUAUGGUGAUGGAGAAUUUAAGUGGUAUUAUGGGUAUCCCUACCUAGCAGUGGUACUGAACUUCAGCCAGAUGUGGGCUCUGUAUUGCCUUGUGCAGUUCUACAAUGUAACUCAUGAAAGACUUCAACCAAUAAAACCACUUGCAAAGUUCAUUAGUUUCAAAGCUAUUGUAUUCGCUACUUGGUGGCAAGGUGUAGCUAUUGCUCUACUGCGGGCUUUUGGAGCUAUACCUAAAGAGGGGGAAGUACAGAGUGGAUUGCAGGAUUUCUUGAUUUGCAUAGAAAUGGCUAUAGCAGCUGUUGCUCAUAUGUAUGUCUUUUCUACGGAGCGGUACCACUAUGUACCGGCGGCUAUCAACCAUUGGAGUGUGACCACUGAAUCAAGCAGAGGAAAGCUUAGGUUAAAAGAUGGUGACACCCCAGCUGAGCUUGAGAAGCAAGAAAUUAAGGUUGAAGCUCCUGGAACAAGUGUCACUGAGAGUGUCCAGGACAUAGUUCUUGAAGGAGGUCACCAUGUUGUGAGCGAUGUUGUAUUGACUAUAAAUCAAGCAAUAGGGCCUGUGGAGAAGGGAGUAACGAAGAUCCAAGAGACUUUCCACCACAGAUCAGUUGACUCGGACGAAGAGGAAGAGACAGAGUUAAAAAUUGAGGAACGUGUUGAAUACAAUUAG